UAAGCCCUCUUUCCUCCUCCUCCUCCACCCCCUUACGACUGUAUACUUACUAUUUGUUUGCCUCUCUCUCUUUCUCUCUCUUUCUCUCCUUGUUUUUUCUUCCUUUCUCUUUCUCUUUCUUUUUUAUUCGUUCUUUUAUGUAUAUUUCACUCUGGCAGUGAAAUAUAAAAAUAGUAAAACAUGGAAGCAGCUCCUCCGCCAACGGUAGAGGAAUGUUGCGAAUGGGUGUCUGACAAUGUCACUGCUCUCGAGACCGAUGACGACGUUGCCAUUGAACUCGAUAGUCUUUCCAUUCUGGUCAACGCUCUCGACGCGCCUCUUGCCGUUAUUACUCGUCUUCAAGAACGAAUACAGGAUUUAAAAACAACGCAGACGACUACGCUAUUGAAAGAUGUGAUCAAAAGCGCUCAGGAGAUAUGCAACGAAUGCAGGAAAUGCAUCACGGCUGCACCAUCGUAUGUCAGCUCUUGCUUCAUUGACUUUACAUUGGAGUCGCCUAAAAUACUGCCAGCAACGUACCCAACAAACUAUGCAUCCAUGUGGCCGGACCAGAUGGAUCCGAGAGCGUACUGGUUCCGCCAGUAUUUUGUGGGAAAGCCGUACAUUACGCUCAUCGGACGCGAUACCGAAACGCUCAUGUCUGUUCUCAUCUCGGUCGUCAGAGAGCGUGUGGAGUCCAAAUUACGAUAUCGUAUCAUUUCUCGUGGCAAGCAAAUUCAUAGUCUUCGUAAUGUUGUCAUGGAAACCGUUGCGAAGGAAACCGAAUCGAGUCUCGAAGUGCACGGCCAAGGGUAUCUCUUGGAUGCCAAUUGCCAGCGUUCAGACCAGCAACAACAACAACGCCGUGCAGCAGCAGCAACAGCAGGAGGAGGAUCAUCGUCGGUAUCAGCAGCUUCGCAAAUUCAGCAACCGCGACGACGACCGCUACGUAGUAUAUCAUCCGCCAUCAUACAUAGCAAUAAUAACAACAACAGUAGCGGCGGUAGUAACAGCAAUAACAAUCAGCACGCAACAACAACUAUACAAAACUCGGAAACUCGGCUAUUUCGUGCAGCAGUUCUGUCAAUGUAUCCGUAUAUGGACUUGCGCUUAUUCCGUGAGCUGUCCGCCGAAGCAACCAUCCUAUCCGGCUUGGAAAAAGACAUUUUACGGUUCGAUGAAAUGGAAAUACCGAAGUUUUACAAAUUUGGGGUGCUUUCUGUCAGAGACGGGCAAGCGUCCGAAGAAGAAUGGUUUGCCAAUUCGAACUUGUCGGAGCCGCUGGAACGGUUUUUAAAUAUCAUAGGCACGCCGGUGGAGCUAGAAGGAUACAAAGGAUAUACAGCUGGACUGGAUACUAAAUCUGGAGAAUCUGGAAAAUUCUCUUUUGCAGCGUCGUGGCGUGAUUAUGAAGUCAUGUUCCAUGUUGCUCCUCUCAUGCCGUGCAGAGAAAACGAUAAACAGCAAGUGCAUCGAAAACGCUACAUUGGCAAUGAUAUUGUGUGCAUUGUGUUUGUGGAAGGGGACGAGUGCCACUUUGACCCAGACGCGAUCCGAUCGCAAUUCCUCCACGUCUAUGUCGUGGUACAUCCGGAAGUGGUUGACGGGAAAGAAGCAUGGCGAAUACAGGUGAUCAACAAGAAGAACGUGUCUGAAUGCUCCCCAUUAUUACCAAGCCCAUCAUUGAUUUUUGACCAAGACGAGCUACGAGGUUUCCUUAUGCUUAAAAUGAUUAAUGCCGAGAAUGCCGCGCUGAAAUGUGAUAGCUUUGCGAUACCUAACAGCAAAGCACGCGCUGGUGUUCUAAAAGCUCUGACCGAAACAGGACUAAAGUUCACAGACACAACCACACCAUCGCGACAUCCCCUUCACCAUCAUCACUCUCACCAAUAUCAUAAUCACAACCACUAUCGUGAUGGGAGUGACCGUAUUGGUGGCGAGCGGCCCAAAUCGGCUGGAGCACAGCGCAUUUCACGAAACAGUAUGCGAAGUCUUCGUGCAGCACUGAGCGACGGCAACAAUAACAAUCACCAUCCGCGUGCCAUGACCCCAGAUGCACCACCAGUACCAGCCACAUCACGAUCGAGCAUGCUGCGUGACUGGAAAAAUUUGACGCGACGAAGGAGCAGCGGAGGGCAAUCACCUAUUGAUUCGAGCAGCACAAGCAGUAGCCGGGGACCAUCACCAUUAUUAACCCAUCGUCCGAUCCUGCUGGAUGAUACAGAAGAUAACAACUCAGUAGAAGAACAUCCUCGCAGCAGCAGCAGUAACAGCAACAGCACCAACACCAACAGUAACAGUAACAGUAACAAUAACAGCAAUAGUAAUAGUAACAGUAGCGGUCGGUUUGUACGAUCCGCAUCAAGUGAGCAGCAGCAGCAACAGCAACAGCAACAGCAACAACUAGCGAGUAUUCGAUCUAGAGCACAAAGCCUAGUGACGAGUGUGAUUGGACGACGGAAUAGCCAGCAACAACAAACACUUCGAGCAGCAACGACAGCAGCGGGAGGGCUGAUCCGGUCCAGGACGUUCAUGAUGGAUCAUGCAGGGAAAUUGAUUCAAGGGGAUGAUCGCCACGAGAAGUUAUAACAAGGUUACAAAUCCGAAUGUCCAGAUAUGGUGAAGAUCGUCGUUCUGUUCUCCAAUCCAGCCCAUCCCAUUCAUAUUACCGCGCGCACAUACACACAAACACAGUUCCUAUUCUUCAAUUUUUUUCUUCCAAUAAUUAAACAAAAUUAGUUUGCCCAUUUCAUUUUGAAAAGAAUAAAGAUAAAAUAUAAUAAUAAUAAAAAAAGA